GUGUAUGCGUGCAACAAGUUGUGAGAAGAAUAAAAUGUAAGUUCAUCGGCUAUUUUCGAAAUUAGUUGAAGUGUUGCAGUCGAGUCGAUAGCACUGACUCGAACGAGGAGAAGGAAAAGAAAUACUUUCGCUUUUUAAAUUCACUUUAUCAUAUUCUGAGUUCAUUUUAUUUUCGCCGAGAAAUAAUCAAUAUUCUGCGAUGAAAUUGGUGUUUCUCGUUUUAAGUGCACUUUGUAUCGGUGCAUUGGCUACGAAACCACCAAGAUGGGAUCCCGUUUACACUGUGAAGGGUAUUUUAUAUAUUCCCUAUGCUGAAAUUGAAGAACCGUUCGAAGCAUGGUUUGACAAGCACACAAAUCGCUCGCGUAUCGAUUAUUAUGAUGGCACAGUGAAAACCUAUCAAUUGAGCCGUGAAGGUGAUUUUGGCACGUCAUUGAAAAUUGCCCCUGUUACAACCGACGAAAAACCAAAUGAAAUCACUUGCUUACAAGUUAACGGCACCAGUGAUAAUCGCAUCGAACCACAAUCCAUUUUACCCGAUUGCAGAGAGUUUACAUUGGCUGGUACCGAGAAUCUGCUUGGAUGGUCAUGCGACAAAUUCAUUUUCGAAGAAACCAUCGGCCAAAAGACCAACAAAUACACAAUGUGGGUGCGUUACGUCAAAUCACCAAAAUAUCCAGCUUCACGACAGCCAAUCCCUGUUCGUUAUGAAAUGCGUGGCUACAAUACAUUGUUGGGCUCACAUUAUGAUCAUUAUCAUCUUGACUACAAUUCAUACGUACACGAUGACAUUCCAGAUGAUAUCUUUGAAGUUGAUCAAGAUAAACCAUGCGUUGGUUUCCCCGGUCCAGGCAAUGGCCACUAUGCUACAUUCAAUCCAAUGAAGGAGUUCGUACACCCAGCCGAAUCGACGCAUGCUGAUCUUGAGCACAUUCGUUUCAUGCGAAAGCAUGGUGUUGUGUAUGCCACAACGGCCGAACGAGUGCAACGUCACAGUGUGUUUAUGCAAAACUUGCGUUACAUUCACUCAAAGAAUCGUGAACAAUUGGGCUUCAGUUUGGCGGUGAAUCAUUUGACCGAUCGCACACCAGAUGAACUCAAAGCAUUGCGUGGCUUCAAGAGAACGGUUGGCAUUUACAACGGUGGCAAACCAUUCCCAUAUGAAUUGGAUGAAGACACUUUGGAAGAUUUGCCAGAUGACUACGAUUGGCGUUUGUUUGGAGCCGUUACACCAGUGAAAGAUCAAUCCGUUUGUGGAUCAUGCUGGUCUUUCGGUACUAGUGGUGCCAUUGAAGGUGCUUUAUUCUUGCACAAUGGCGGCAAUUUGGUUCGUGUAUCGCAACAAGCUUUGGUCGAUUGCUCAUGGGGAUAUGGCAACAAUGGAUGCGAUGGUGGCGAAGAUUUCCGAGCCUACUCGUGGAUCAUGCACAACGGUGGUAUUCCAACCGAGGAAUCGUACGGUGGCUACAAAGGCCAAGAUGGAUUUUGUCAUGUUGGAGCUUCGAACGUUACACUCGUUGCACCAAUCACCGGUUGGGUCAAUGUUACCACUGGCAAUCCAAACGCUUUAAAAGUUGCUCUUCUCAAACAUGGUCCAAUAUCCGUUGCCAUUGACGCCUCACACAAGGCAUUCAGCUUCUACUCGCAUGGCGUUUACUUCGAACCAAAAUGUGGAAACAAAGAGAACGAAUUGGAUCAUGCCGUCUUGGCUGUUGGCUAUGGCAUCAUGAACGGUGAACAAUACUGGUUGGUCAAGAACAGUUGGAGUAACCUCUGGGGUAACGACGGCUAUGUUUUGAUGUCAGCUCGUGACAACAACUGUGGUGUUCUUACUACCCCAACCUACGUUACUUUCUAAGCAAAUUUUAAAACACUCAAUUCAACUAUUAAGCAACAUUUUAUAUUAAAAUACAAUUUUAUUUUUCACUCCAUACCAGCCAACCAAACGCGAUAGAUGGUCUGCUACGGCAGAACAUUGAUAUUAGAAACAAAUGUUUAAGAAUCAAUUCAUUUUUUUUUUUCAAGCCAUAAAUACAUUAUUUUGUAGCCAUUGAUACUAUUUUUUGAAGAAAAUAAUAAAUUUUCGAGAAAAUUAAA